AGGCUUCGGGGCGGGAACCCGGAAGGGGAGGCUGGAGAGGAGCGAGUGGGGGAAACCCGCGUAGCCGAGAGAGCUGCGGCGCGGAGAGAUGGUGGCCCGCGGAGCCUUCCUUGACCAUCCAGGGCCUGAAAUGCGGUGAACGCCUGCCUGUCUGCUACUGCUCCCCAGGAUGGACCGUGGCAGCCUCCUACCCUUCCAGCUGUGGUGCCCCCGACCCUUUGGCACCUACUCACAGAACCAGCCACGCCCGCCUACCGCAGCCCUCAAGCCGUCAGCCUGCCCAGAGCCUGGCAGCGGGGGUGAGCCAGACCACGGGCCUGCCCACUCCGAGAACACCCCACCAGCCUUGGCCACAGAGACCCCUGCCUCCCAGCCGGCCCCUCUCCUCUCAGCAGCAGCUGCUGGUGAUGAGGGGCGAGUCCUGCUGGACACAUGGUAUGUCAUCAAGCCCGGGAAUACAAAGGAGAAGGUGGCCUUCUUUGUGGCCCACCAAUGUGGUGGGGGCAGCCGGGCCAGCUCCAUGAAGGUCAAGGGGCACUGGGGCAGUGACAGCUCCAAGGCCAAGCGGAGGAGGCGCUGUCUUGAGCCUACAAAGGCUCCCCCGGACCCAGGGGGCCCAGAGGCACCCCCUGCCGCUGAGGGGGCCCCAGCCUUGGCUGGCGAAGACGUAGACCUGCUCUCUGUGGCAGAGAUGGUGGCACUGGUGGAACAGCGGGCCGCCCUGGCUUUGCAGAACUACCCGCGUCCGGGCACCCCGGCGCCUGUGGUCUUCGUGUCAGCUGAGCAGGGUGGGCCUGCCAAGGGGCUGGGGUCUGAACGGCGCUCCGGUGGCGGGGACUGCAGCCGGGUAGCCGAGGCGGUGGCCCACUUCGAGGCCCAGCGGGACAGCCCUCCAGCCAAAGGCCUCCGCAAAGAGGAGAGGCCUGGGCCGGGCCCCGGGGAGGUACGCAUCGCCUUCCGUAUCUCCAACGGCCGAGAGCCCCGCACCCCUGACGGCAGCUUGUCCAAUGGGAGCGGGGGCCGGCCGGGUUGUGCCUACCCGGGCAGCCCAGGCCCCGGGGCCCGGGCCAAGGACAAGAUCACCUGCGACCUGUACCAGCUCAUCAGCCCCUCCCGGGAUGCCCUCCCCAGCAACGUGGAGUUCCUCCUGGCUCGGGCGGAUGAGGCCAGCGAGGGGGAGACGCCCGUCCCUGCCAGGCCUGAGGACACUCCACCGGCCCCCCCUCCGCCCCCUGCCCGGGACUGCGGAGCCUCAGGCUUCCACGUGGAUGUGGUGGUGACGGGGGUGGUGGAUGAGUGCAUCUUCUUUGGCAAGGAUGGCACCAAGAAUGUGAAAGAGGAGACGGUGUGCCUGACGGUCAGCCCCGAGGAGCCGCCCCCACCCGGCCAGCUCUUCUUCCUCCAGUCCCGCAGUCCAGACGGGCCCCCCGAGCCCCCCCCGGCCGACUCCCCGGCCACCGCGCCGGGCCCGGACGAUGCCGAGGGGACCGCAGACACGUCCCUGUGCCGCCUGUACCGGCACGUGUCCCACGACUUCCUGGAGAUCCGCUUCAAGAUCCAGCGGCUGCUGGAGCCGCGACAGUACAUGCUGCUGCUGCCCGAGCACGUGCUGGUGAAGAUCUUCAGCUUCCUGCCCACACGGGCCCUGGCGGCCCUCAAGUGCACCUGCCACCACUUCAAGGGUAUCAUCGAGGCGUUUGGCGUGCGGGCCACAGACUCGCGCUGGAGCCGCGACCCACUCUAUCGUGAUGACCCUUGCAAGCAGUGCCGCAAGAGAUACGAGAAGGGGGACGUGUCGCUCUGCCGCUGGCACCCCAAGCCCUACCACCAUGACCUGCCUUAUGGACGUUCCUACUGGAUGUGCUGCCGCCGAGCUGACCGCGAGACUCCGGGCUGCCGCCUGGGUCUGCACGAUAACAACUGGGUGCUGCCCUGCAACGGGCCGGGUGGCGGUGGCGGGGGCCGGCCUGGCCGCGAGGAAGGGAGGUGAAGCCGGGGAAGGGGGGGGGGAGAGCCCACCAUGCCCGCCCCUCCCCCUUCCCCCCCCCCCCCCCCGGGAGCCAAGGGCCAGGUCCGGGUCACCAGCCCGUCCCCCCAGUGCAGGCAGCGUUGAUCCCCCUCCGGAACUGAGAUGGGGUUCAGGGGGAUGAUCGAGAAAGCACUCUGAUCCACUGACCCCUGUUGGUUUUCUACUUUUCAGACCCAGGGCCGCAGACCCUCGAGUAGGGUGGUUUUUUUAAUCAGCAUCUCAACUUCUCCAUUCAGCCCCCAACCCUCUCCCUGCCCUCUACAUCCCAGGGACCCACCAGCAGGGAGCAGAAGGCAGCUAAUUUUGGUACUCCGCAAGGGUUCCCCCAUUCUGGCCCCCUUCCGCCCCCUCCUUCCUCCGCCCCCAGCCCCCUGCCCACCCCAGUUCUUUGUCUCUGGAGCUGUGUUCUGAGAGGCUGCAGGGCGCAAGGCUGUUACCGCCUCUGACCUGCCACACCAGGGCUCAUCUCCUCUUUAGGAACUGGGGGCCAGUGAGAUCGCAGAUCCGAGGUGACACUUUUCGUGGCAGCCUGCCAUUUCUAGAUGUUUUCCCCCACUAAGACAAUAAAAAUCACUGUUUUCUCCUUAACCUAAAGCUACCGGUUUCUUCACUUCCCCUGAAGGGGAGGAGAACGAUGACAACAAAAAGUAGAAGUAUAAAGGUUCCCCUCCUCCCCUUACUGAAGCUGUUGCCAUCACUUCUCUCCCCCUCCCCUCCUCCAAAAAGCUGUGAAGCCCUUUGCCUCGCUCUUGACAGCGUCGGGGGCCGGUGGGCAGGGGGCGGAAAUUUGAAUUUUGAAUUUCUGGAUUGUGUUUCCUUCUACUCUGGGUACUCGUUCAAGUAUUGGGGUCUCUGCAGCCCCGGCCAUAUGUGUUUCUUUAGAAUCCUUUGGUCGACGGGAGACCUUGGUUUUUCAGGCAGUUUGGGCUGGAGUAUUUUCGUUUGUUCUGUUUGGGGUUUUUUUGUUUUCUUCAUCCUUGUGGUUCUGGAAGCUUCUGGUGUGUGGCAUCUGACCAGUUUUGAAUUGGUCCUUUCUAUAAAAUCAAUAUUUAUAAGGCU